UGAUCUUGAUGGUCGACCACACCUUCCUUGACAGACGUAAAACAAAUUUCAAACGAUUUACUAAUACCUAUUCAAAAAUCACAACGCUAUUCAGAAGAUGGACCAGGAAAAGUUGAAUGUGCCGUUGCCAUCAUUGCCAAUGACUGGAGGAGAAGAUGAAGGGAACCUUAAUUCCCAGGGAACCUGCAGCAAGGGGCAGAUUGUGUCGUUGGAUAAAAUAACAAAGGUCAAGCAACGAAAUUUCUGCCAAGGAACCAGGCCUAUUUAUGAAGAUAGCUUUGAGAAAGCAUCGGACAAAAGCCUCAACAACGUGGAGGAUGUUGCCGCGGACAAAAGCCUCAACAAGGCGGAGGAUGUUGCCGCGGACAAAAGCCUCAACAACGUGGAGGAUGUUGCCGCGGACAAAAGCCUCAACAACGUGGAGGAUGUUGCCUCGGACAAAAGCCUCAACAAGGCGGAGGACGUUGCCGCGGACAAAAGCCUCAACAAGGCGGAGGACGUUGCCGCGGACAAAAGCCUCAACAAGGCGGAGGAUGUUGCCGCGGACAAAAGCCUCAAUAACGUGGAGGAUGUUGCCGCGGACAAAAGCCUCAACAAGGCGGAGGACGUUGCCUCGGACAAAAGCCUCAACAAGGCGGAGGAUGUUGCCUCGGACAAAAGCCCCAACAAGGCGGAGGACGUUGCCUCGGACAAAAGCCUCAACAAGGCGGAGGACGUUGCCUCGGACAACAACCCCAACAAGCCUGUUCCCGCGGACAAAAGCCUCAACAAGGCGGAGGACGUUGCCGCGGACAAAAGCCUCAACAAGGCGGAGGACGUUGCCUCGGACAAAAGCCUCAACAAGGCGGAGGACGCUGCCUCGGACAAAAGCCCAAACAAGGCGGAGGACGCUGCCUCGGACAAAAGCCCCAACAAGGCGGAGGACGUUGCCUCGGACAAAAGCCCCAACAAGGCGGAGGACGUUGCCUCGGACAAAAGCCCCAACAAGGCGGAGGACGUUGCCUCGGACAAAAGCCCCAACAAGGCGGAGGACGUUGCCUCGGACAAAAGCCUCAACAAGGCGGAGGACGUUGCCUCGGACAAAAGCCCCAACAAGGCGGAGGACGUUGCCUCGGACAAACGCCCCAACAAGGCGGAGGACGUUGCCUCGGACAACAACCCCAACAAGCCGGUUCCCGCGGACAAAAGCCUCAACAAGGCGGAGGACGUUGCCGCGGACAAAAGCCUCAACAAGGCGGAGGACCUUGCCUCGGACAAAAGCCUCGACAAGGCGGAGGACGUUGCCUCGGACAAAAGCCUCGACAAGGCGGAGGACGUUGCCUCGGACAAAAGCCUCGACAAGGCGGAGGACGUUGCCUCGGACAAAAGCCCCAACAAGGCGGAGGACGUUGCCUCGGACAAAAGCCCCAACAAGGCGGAGGACGUUGCCUCGGACAAAAGCCCCAACAAGGCGGAGGACGUUGCCUCGGACAAAAGCCCCAACAAGGCGGAGGACGUUGCCUCGGACAAAAGCCUCAACAAGGCGGAGGACGUUGCCUCGGACAAAAGCCCCAACAAGGCGGAGGACGUUGCCUCGGACAAACGCCCCAACAAGGCGGAGGACGUUGCCUCGGACAACAACCCCAACAAGCCGGUUCCCGCGGACAAAAGCCUCAACAAGGCGGAGGACGUUGCCGCGGACAAAAGCCUCAACAAGGCGGAGGACCUUGCCUCGGACAAAAGCCUCGACAAGGCGGAGGACGUUGCCUCGGACAAAAGCCUCGACAAGGCGGAGGACGUUGCCUCGGACAAAAGCCUCGACAAGGCGGAGGACGUUGCCUCGGACAAAAGCCCCAACAAGGCGGAGGACGUUGCCUCGGACAAAAGCCCCAACAAGGCGGAGGACGUUGCCUCGGACAAAAGCCCCAACAAGGCGGAGGACGUUGCCUCGGACAAAAGCCCCAACAAGGCGGAGGACGUUGCCUCGGACAACAACCCCAACAAGCCGGUUCCUGCGAACAAAAGCCUCAACAAGGCGGAGGACGUUGCCUCGGACAAAAGCCUCAACAAGGCGGAGGACGUUGCCUCGGACAACAACCCCAACAAGCCGAUUCCCGCGAACAAAAGCCUCAACAAGGCGGAGGACGUUGCCUCGGACAAGUGCCCCAACACGGCGGAGGACGUUGCCUCGGACAAGUGCCCCAACACGGCGGAGGACGUUGCCUCGGACAAGUGCCCCAACACGGCGGAGGACGUUGCCUCGGACAAGUGCCCCAACACGGCGGAGGACGUUGCCUCGGACAAGUGCCCCAACACGGCGGAGGACGUUGCCUCGGACAAGUGCCCCAACACGGCGGAGGACGUUGCCUCGGACAAGUGCCCCAACACGGCGGAGGACGUUGCCUCGGACAAGUGCCCCAACACGGCGGAGGACGUUGCCUCGGACAAGUGCCCCAACACGGCGGAGGACGUUGCCUCGGACAAGUGCCCCAACACGGCGGAGGACGUUGCCUCGGACAAGUGCCCCAACACGGCGGAGGACGUUGCCUCGGACAAGUGCCCCAACACGGCGGAGGACGUUGCCUCGGACAAGUGCCCCAACACGGCGGAGGACGUUGCCUCGGACAAGUGCCCCAACACGGCGGAGGACGUUGCCUCGGACAAGUGCCCCAACAAGGCGGAGGACGUUGCCUCGGACAAGUGCCCCAACAAGGCGGAGGACGUUGCCUCGGACAAGUGCCCCAACAAGGCGGAGGACGUUGCCUCGGACAAGUGCCCCAACAACGCGGAGGACGUUGCCGCGGACAUAAGCAUCAACAACGCGGAGGACGUUGCCGCGGACAAAAGCAUCAACAAGGCGGAGGAUGUUGCCUCGGACAAAAGCCUCAAGAAGGCGGAGGAUGUUGCCGCGGACAAAAGCCUCAAAAACCUGGAGGACAUUGCCGGGGACAAAAGCCUCAACAAGCCGGAGGAUGUUGCAGAGGACAGAAGCCUCAAGAAUGGCAAAAAUGCAAUAAUUUGCAAGAAGUCAUUUUUAGGAUGGUUGCUGUUGAUCCUUGGACUGUUUGCUGCAGGCGUUAGUGGAAAAAUAGUCCCUAAUGGUGCAUGGAACGGAGAGGACACACAAACUUCCUGUACAGGAGAAGUCACAUUCCAUGUGGUGGCAAAAGUUUGGUCAGAGGUCAAGAAUGACAUUAUCAGUGUCAAUGAAAUUGACACACGACGUCGUGUCGGAGAUUGCGAUCCUCUGCAUGAAACUGCAGAAAUUGAUGAAGAUUUCAAGGAUCAUUUUUAUCUUUCACUGCAACCAGAUGGAUCGUGUCAAAGCGGCUUCAAUUUAAGUCAAAACCAGACGACUGUUGAUAUCUCCUCAGCUUCCUCUGCUUUUACUUCAAUGAAUCUUUUGAUUGAAAGAAAUACAUAUUCUGUAUCUUGGAAUCGAUCAUCUAAUUCAACGGAAAAUUGGACGAUACCUUUGACUGAAAGAUAUACACUUUCUGUAACAAUGAAUCGAUCCAAAAUGGUCAUCACACUGAAAGGUAAAAGUUCAGUAGACAGUGGAUUAGAAGAGAGUUCCAUAGACAGUGGAUUAGGAAAAAGAGAAUCACGAGUCGACUACAGAUUAUCGAAAGGCGCUAUAGCUGCCAUUGCUGUUCUUGCUGUUCUGGUGGUCUUGUUGUUACUCAGCAAUAUCGUAUUGAUUGUUUGCUGGAAAAAAAAAGGUCCACAGAAUGGAGAGGACAUAAGAAAUAGAACUUCUGGUGCACAGAAUGGAGAGGCCAUUUUUAUAAGAAAUAGAACACCCGAUACAGGUGCAGCUGGAAUGCAGAAUGGACACAAUGCAGGUGCAGCCCGACAGAAUGGACACAAUACAGGCCUGCCAAAUGGUAAUGCAACCGAAAAUGAUUCCACUGUGCAUGUUCUACUGGUCGAGGAGGAUGGGUACACGACUUAGGAGGUGUAGGCCACACUUCCACCUGCUUAAUCAACACUCCAGUCUCCUCCAUUAUCUCUCCUGUAAUAAAAAAUAAAACGCCGGGAUACAAAAAGACAGCGCGGAAAUAGCCGAACAAGCAAAACUCAUACUCAGACUGCUAUACAAUUUACAUGUAUCUAUUUUUAUGGUUUUGACGUCAUUCUGCUUAACAUAGAGCGCAUUGAGACAAAAAAAUGUGUUAAAACAAUAUGAAUUAAAGUAGUUCUUUGGAGUUCACAGUCUUAAUACUACCUGCGGCGUGCAUGUGAAGCUAGUCUAAUAAUGGAUGUGUGCAAAAAAAAUCAACAAUGAACUGCUUAUACAUAAUGGAAAGAUAACAACAAUGGGAUGAAGUAGAAGAGAAGAUAGACUUAUUAUUUUGAUAUGUCAUGUACUUUGUUUUAUAUUUGUCACUGUGCAUUUUUUAUUUAUUUUAAAACUGCACUCUCACAGAUUGACAGUUUUAACUUUUCUGUUAAUUUUGUCUUAAAACUUAAGCAUCAAUACCUUCAACUCAUUCAUAUAAGAUAGAUAACUAUAGAACAUAUCUCAAUUAUUUGGAAAACUGCCGAAAAACUUAUUUUUCUUAAAGUGUUACUAAUGCUUUUAGACAUAAAAAUGAAUUUUUGAACCUAAAUAUGAAGACUUUGAUCUGAACUUUUAUCAGCAGUCUUAUAUCACUGGUUUCCAGACAUUUACACUAAAAUUGGCUCAUUCUAUAAGACAAAAAAUAGAAAUGUUGUCAGAUUGGUCAAUUUAUGAGAGUGCAGCUUUAAGUGAAACUGUUUAAGUUCAAUUGUUACAAUUAACUAAAUGAAAAUGUGUUUUAUAUUUCUCACUAUGUAUUUAUAAUGUUUUUAAAUUUCCUGAAAACUUAUUCAAGUUCAAUUGUUAUGAACAAAUUGAAGAUGUCAUAGUUUAACACCAUUUUUUCAAAUACCAAUAUUUAAAUAAUAGUACCCCAAAAAAUCAAAGGCUGAUGGUUAUAAAAAAAUAAGAAAACAAUGCUUGAUAAUUUUUGUUUGAUUAAAUUGUCCAAUUUUAUUAAUGAAUGUUGAUUGUAUUUUUUCAAAAUACUGAAAGAAGUAUUUCUAAAAAGUACAUGUACUGAAAAAUAUGGCUUUAGAAAAAUGUACAUACUUAUUCCUGAAAACAAAUCAAAUAUGGCUUUGAAAUGGGUUUCAUUGUAUUGAAUUUGACACAUUUUUUUAAGGAACUUGAUGUAAAGAAUGAAAUUUAGUAAGGGCUAUUCCAGUAAAACAUAUAACCCAUGGUGGGAAGGCAAUUAUUUAAAUAGUAUAUCAGUGGGUGUCUUUUCGCUAAUUUUGACCCCGAAAGGGUAAAUUUGCUUCUGUAAGGAGGUAGUAUAUUUUAAAAGUGCCUUCCCCCCGGGGGUUAUAUGUUUGAAUGAAAUAGCACUAAGUUGGUAAAGCUUUAUCACUUAAAAUUUAUGUUUGUCAUACAUGUACAGUGAUCGAAAUUAGCACAUUAGCACCCAAGCCCUGCACUGGUAAAAUGUCUUUCGGGCUCGCUCAACUUCUGAAUUUUAUAUAGCAGGGCUUGUUCAAAAAUUUGAUGCCAAGCAAUAGUAUAAUAAUUCGGGCUUGUUGAUCCAAAAGUCUAAUUUCGAUGACUGCAUGUGUAUGUGUUGAUUUUGAAUAAGGGUGUCACUUGUAAAAAGCUUUGUAUGAAACUUUUGUAUUGGUCAUUGUGUGGAAAUCGGUCAUUUAAUACACUAUUUAUUGUUAAAAGCUUCGCAUUAAACUAUGCAAUAACAUCUCAAUGAAUUUAUAAUAGUGCUUUUAAUAAUGAAACUUUAUUAUCAUUCUGUUUUAAACCUUUAUUGUGGUAUUGUAUUAUAGCAAAAAAAUAUAACUGCAUCAAAUCUUAAAAAAGUUUGUAUUAGCUACUCUGAAUUCUAUUCCUUUGUCUUCAGAUAGAGUUAGAAUCCAUUUAGCAUAGACAUUCUUGGUUGUUACCUUUUAUUUUUUAUUAUGAUUUGCUUCAUUUUUAAGUUUCUACAUGUUAAUGAAUACUUAGAUAAGAUACAUGUAUACCGCAUUUACGUUUCUGGUUUUUAUUCAGGGUUGUUGGAACAAGAGUGAGGUUGUGCACACAAACUUAGUUUAAUAAAUUUACAUUUUACUGACCCCCUAGUAUUACACAUUCCAUAUAAUGUUUGUUGUUUGUGAAUGUGUGGGUGUUGUUGUUGUUCUCUAUUUGUGGCGUUGACCCUAUGCCACUGAGCAGAGUCUAUGUUUAAGCUUAAGACAACAUUUUAAUGGUCUUGUGUCUGUAAAUACCAUAUACUAUAUAUAUAAAGUAUUGUAAAUAAUGUAAAAUGUAAGUGCUUGUAUAAAAGGUUGUUUGAGCAAAUGCAUAUAGACUAUAUAUACAUAUACUGUAAAUGAUCUUAAUUUAUUUGCCAUUUUGUACAUAAAAUAUGAAAUGAGUUUCUGAAAAGUAAGAAAACAAGCUUUUGGUGUUAAAUAUAAAAAAUGCACUCUAAAAAAAUUUCACCUAAAACACAAAGUAAAUUUUUCAAUGGUUUUACUUUCAAGUAUAUUGUAAUGGUAAACUGAAACAAAUAAUUCUCCUCUCGGCUAUUUAUGUUAUUUAUAUUGCUUUUUAGAACUACCUUAUGAAAUGUUCUUGUUUGAAUCAGAUACACUAUCUCUUAAGAAGCUGGGAAGUUUAUUUACUGUUUUAAUUUUAUUAAAUAUAUGACUGAGAGAAUGUUAACACAUGGAACUAUAAUCAAAAGGACGACUGGCAAUGGCAUAAGUUGAUUAGUUUUCUUUCCCAUUUUCAGCAUUUCGGCAUUGGACAACUUUAUAGGCAUUUUAAAGUCUUUUUUCAUUAAGGUUUAUACAAAAAGAAAUGAAUAAAAUAUGAAAUCAUUAUCAAAAAGGCUGUAUUUAUAUAAUAGUUGAUUAGUUUUCUUUCAUAUUUACAUUGUUAAUUUUGGCAUUGGACAAGUUUAUAGGCAUUUUAGUCUUUUUUUCAUUAAGGUUUAUACAAAAAAUAAAUAAAUAAAAUAUGAAAUGGUUAUUAAAAAGUCUGGCAUUAGUUGAUUAGUUUUCAUUGUUUAUUUCGGCAUUGAAGAAAUUUACAGGCAUUAUAGUUGUUUUCAUUAAGGUUUUAAGUUAUAUCCAAAAAGAAAUGAAUCAGAUAUGAAAUUAUUGUCAAAAAGACUGGCAUUGGUUGAUAAGUUUUCUUUCCCAUUGUUCUUGUUUGUUUCUUUUCCUUUGGCAUUGAACAAGUUUAUAGACAUUUUAAGUAUUUUCUCAUUUCAGAAGUUUAAGUUAUAUUUAACUUAUGUAUACUAUGACAUUCCUUAAUUUAACUUAUGUAUACUAUGACAUUCCUUAAUUUUACAGAAUGUUCAGAUAGUGAUGGCAUUAUGGUGAAACAUAUAGUUAACACAGAUUUACUUAUUUCCUUUUGAACUUGCUUUUAACAGUUCGUGAUACAUGUAUGUACAUACACGAUUUGUGAGAAAUAUCUUCCAAUAAGAAUGUAUUUAACUGUAUAUUAAGUGCUCAAAGCUUGAUUAGAAGGUGUGAAUGCAUGUACUCAUUGCUUGUCAAAUAUUGAUCAUAUCUGAAACAAACGUGGGUGGGUGUGUGCUGCUUUUAAUACCAAUGUUGUGUUUUCUGAAAGAAAUAGUCCAAUGUCAAAUUUUCACAAAUAGAUGCACUGUGGCAUUUUGACUCUCGGUUUUGCUUCGUAAAUAUGAGAAUAAUAAUAAAAAACACUUAACCCAAAAAGGAGACUUUGUGAAAGACGUAAUGCACGU